UUUUCCCAGUAUUUCCCACCUAUUUUCAGUCACGCACACACGCGAGUUGCACACUGACGUAAGGGCAAUAACACAUGUUGAACUCUACAAGAAUUCAAGGUUCUGGACCGCUGCAAGACUUGAGCAGAAUGCCGAACAUCAAAGUAUUUGCCGGGACUUCCCACCCUGAUCUUGGGCAAAAGAUAUGCUACAGACUUGGAAUUGAACCAGGGAAAGUGGUGACAAAGAAGUUCAGCAAUGGAGAAUGUUGUGUGGAAAUCGGUGAGUCUGUGCGAGGGGAGGAUGUGUUCAUCGUUCAAAGCGGCUGCAAAGAGGUCAAUGACAUGCUCAUGGAGCUGCUCAUCAUGAUCAACGCCUGCAAAAUUGCUUCGGCGAGUCGGGUCACUGCGGUUAUACCUUGCUUCCCGUACGCACGACAGGACAAGAAAGACAAGAGCCGAGCCCCGAUCUCUGCCAAGCUGGUGGCCAACAUGUUGUCUGUGGCAGGAGCCGACCACAUCAUCACCAUGGAUCUCCACGCCUCCCAAAUUCAGGGUUUCUUUGAUAUCCCCGUGGACAACUUGUAUGCGGAGCCAGCGGUCUUGAAGUGGAUCAAGGAAAAUAUUUCCGACUGGAGGAAUUGUACUAUUGUCUCGCCGGACGCCGGGGGGGCCAAAAGAGUGACGGCCAUAGCAGACCGACUGAACGUGGACUUUGCCCUGAUCCACAAGGAGAGGAAGAAGGCCAAUGAGGUGGCCGCCAUGGUUCUGGUCGGCGACGUCAAGGACAAGAUCGCCAUCCUGGUCGAUGAUAUGGCAGACACGUGUGGCACCAUCUGUCAUGCUGCCGAAAAACUGCUGGAGGCCGGUGCCCAAAAAGUCUACGCCAUCUGCACCCACGGCAUCUUCUCUGGCCCGGCCAUCUCUCGCAUCAACAACUCCAUGUUCGAAGCUGUGGUGGUGACCAACACGAUACCUCAGGAUCAGCGCAUGAAGGAAGCGCCGAAAGUACAGAUAAUGGACAUCUCCAUGAUCCUAGCGGAGGCGCUACGGAGGACGCACAACGGGGAGUCUGUGUCCUACCUGUUUGGUCAUGUCCCCAUGUGAGAUGUGAGCCGCCGGACUUUCUCCGACGGGCUGGGGGUGUCGGGGAGGUUUUGUCAGCGUGAUGGACCCCACCACCACCACUACCAUGGCAGAGUUGUUGUUAUCGAUCCAGACCUUGGCAGAGAAGCUGGGGAUCUGUGGAGGAGAAUCUGGAAAUUCCUUUUGUGUUCAUUUUUCUGUGUGUCAUUCAACAACAUGUGUGUGAUUGUGUUCAGGAACAGCAUAAGAUAUUUGGUC